CGUGCUGACAUCAACUGACAGUUGUGUCAGUCGGUUGGUCGGUGGUGCCGCUGCUGAGCAGAAAAACGGGGAAAAGAUUUGCAAAUUGGCACCACCAAGAGAACUAAGUCUCCAGUUCAACAUAAACUCUCACGAGGAAUAAACCCUUUUCCAGGCCCUACACACUGAGUGUAACUCAGGGCAGCAGCGAUGUCGGGCUCCUACGAUGACUCCAUGAUCGAUGUGUCCAGUGAUAGUUUCUGGGAGGUCGGUAACUACAAGCGUACAGUGAAACGGGUAGACGAUGGCAACCGACUCUGCAACGACCUCAUGAACUGUCUUCAUGAGCGGGCGCGUAUUGAAAAGUCCUACGCUCAGCAGCUCACAGAAUGGGGCAAACGCUGGCGGCAGCUCAUAGAGAAAGGACCUCAGUACGGUACCUUGGAGCGGGCAUGGUCUGCUCUGUGCACGGAGGCGGAGAAGGUGAGCGAGCUCCACAUGGAGGUGAAAGCGGCGCUGAUGGGAGAAGACUAUGAGAAGCUGAAGAACUGGCAGAGAGACGCCUACCACAAACAGAUGAUCGGCGGCUUCAAAGAGACUAAAGAGGCAGACGACGGAUUUCGCAAGGCUCAGAAACCCUGGGCCAAGAAACUCAAAGAGAUGGAGAUGAUGAAGAAGUCUUACCACUCCGCCUGCAAAGAGGAGAAGCUGGCGGCCAGCAGGGAGACCAACAGCAAGCUGGAGAGCAACAAUAAUCCCGAAGCCCAAAAGAAGCUCCAAGAAAAAGUGGAGAAGUGUCAGCAGGAGGUGCAGAAGACUAAGGAACGCUACGAAAAAUCCCUUGAAGAGCUCGACAAGUUGACCCCUCAGUAUAUGGAGAACAUGGAGCAGGUGUUUGAGCAGUGGCAGCAGUUUGAAGACAAACGCAUUCGCUUUUUCAGAGAGCUGUUGCUAGAGGUUAAACAGCACCUGGACCUCUCAACCAAUCACAGAUUCCAGACAGUUUAUCACACGCUGGAAGACACAGUCUCUGCUACUGAUGCUGAAGAGGACCUAAAAUGGUUCCGGUCCAAUCACGGCCCCGGCAUGCCAAUGAACUGGCCCCAGUUUGAGAAUUUGGACCGGGCCCAUCCUCGCUCCUUUAAGAGAAGGUCCAUUGUAGACUGGUCCAUAGACCUGAACCGGACCCUAAGCAGACGAGAAAAGAAGAAGCCAUCAGAGGGCGUCACACUGACAGGCAUCAGUCAAACUGGGUCAGACCAGCCUGUUCAGCCUGCCAAGACCAGCAGCAGCCUGACUGUGCCUACUAAAACGGCGCCGGUGGGCACGAACCCGUUCGAAGAUGACGAGGAUGAGGAGGAGGAGAUGGCGGUGGAGCAGCAGACCACAGUCAACCACAUCAGUGUGAAUAAAGAGGAAGUGAAAACCGCCAGCAGUAUGGAGAAGACUCCCGACUGGUCAGACGAAGACACGGGUGUUAACCCUUUCUCAGCCAACGGUGACGGGAAUCCAUUCGAGGACGAGCCGACUUCUCCGGUCAUAUCUGUGGCUGUCAGAGCCCUGUAUGACUACGAAGGACAGGAGCAGGAUGAGCUGAGCUUCAAAGCAGGGGAUGAGUUCACCAAAAUCGGCGAAGAAGACGAUCAGGGCUGGUGCAAAGGUCGGCUCAAGGACGGACAAACAGGCCUCUAUCCCGCUAACUACGUGGAAGACAUCCAGUAAUAAAUUAUGACAGAUUGAAUGAAUGUGAAGAAGAAAUGUGGGGUGAUGAGAAAUGACAGUGUGGCUGGAAACAAGAAGACUCUGCCUUACUUACCUUUUUUUUUUUUCUCCCUGUUUGUGAAGACUGGACUGUGUGUGGGGAGAAGCACAGAUAAGAGAGGUUACAGAUUAUAUUAAAAGACCACUUCAGAUACUGUUGCUUGCUACACAUAGACCCUCAUAGAAACUUAAGUGCAAAAGUUGAACUGAAACACAAAGUUUCCAGAUGAUUCCAGGUGAGAGAAAAAAAAAAUUGCUGUCAGUGUAAGAUAUGUUACUCAGAGCAACAGUUGUCUUACAGUCCAAUUUAUGCUGUUACAAAAUAGCUAAUCAAGUAUAUAUUAGAUAAGACUCACUAAACUGUAUGUGUGAAUUUAUAUAUAUAUAGUUUAAAGAAACACUGGGAUAACAGUGACAAAUUGUCUUGUUACAUUGCAGCCUUAAUAUGCAAGCCACUAUGGAUUCAUUAAGGGAGAUGACCCUCUUUAUAACCAUAAUUAUCUUAUUUUAGGUUUGAAACUAUUUCUGGAGCUCUUGUCUGUUAGAAUCCAGUCCAUAAAUGUUUAUCAUCUGAUCUUUUGGACCCAAUUAGUCAGAUUUAACUUGAUUUUAAACUAGUGCUUACAUUUUUCUGUCAUUCCUUUUCAGGGUUUUUUUUUGUUUUUUUUCCCAUUCAGUUCAUAACUGUUGUGGUUAUUUAAUAAGGAAUGAUUAAGACCAGUAGAGCCUUAUCCUGACGUAGCCGUCGUUUAGUUCACAGUGGGCAGGUUUCCUCUAGUCACUGCAAUUGAAUGUAUACUCACUGAUUGUAUUUUCUCACCUAUUAAUUGUUCACUUGUGCCGAUGUUGGAUUUUUUGCGACCACUGACCCGUUCCCCCCCUGAGCAACUGUCCUCAAGCCUUAUAUAAAAAAAUCUCUCUACUCUCUGUUGAUUGUAGAUUGUGUUACUUUUUUUUUUUUUUUUCAUGCAACACUGAACAUUUUUCAGAAAGCUUAUCUCACUUGAAGCUCUGUGUUUUAAGUCUCUGACUUGUUUUUCAUACGUCAAGUCAUGGGAGAGUAUUUUAGUGUCUUUUGAAAAAUAUAUAUUACAAAUCAAGCAAUAAAACUCACACAGCCAAGUAUGUUGUUAUACAUGCGUGUAAAUAGCCAGAAUUCAACAUAUAAGAACAAAUUAAGCAUCGAGAUCAGAUGAUUUGUAGUUGGAAAAUCGAUGAUUUGUUAAUUUAUGAUGCAACAAGGGCUUUUCUUCUACUCUUGUUCGAAUGCUGUGACUGAGAAUCAGUUUGUACAAAAAUUGAAUGUUUUAUGGCAAAUAUCCCUUGAAUCUCUUAUUUUGUUAUAUUUGUACAUAUGAUUAUUUUUCCCUUUGCAGAGGGCCAUACGCAUUUAAUUAAUCAACAAAUUCCUUGUGAAUAAUUUUUAAAAGUCGUUCUCUCUCAGCAGCUAUGCCAUGAAUUGAUAUACCUGAUUCCAUAUAUGUUUUGAUCAUUAAGUAUUUUGUCAGCUUGCCUGUUUGAAGAGGUGAACUGCAGGCUUUUCACUUGUGCAAGCUCCAAAUUAAUUAAUUGCAUAGUGUAUCAAUUAAAUCAUUAAAAAUAAAAAAAAAUGCUAUUUGAUGCCUUCAUUCUGUCGUCUCUAAUAAUAGUGAGAAAGGAGAUGUUUUGCCAUGUUUUCAGGGCACGCUGUCAUCAGACACAGCAACAGCUGUACUUGCACAGUAAGGUUUGUAAAUGUUGUCCCACAACAUAAUAAAAGAAUUUAUUGGAAAAAUA